AUGACUGCGCCAACAAACGUUGCAAAUGAUUGUACCAGUAUUGUACAAUCACCUGCACAUCAAGAAUUAGACAAAAAAAUAAAAAUAGCCAUCGAUGAUUCGAAAGACGAAUUUAAUAAAGUCAAACAAGAACAAGUUGAAAAGAAAAAAGAAAAGGACAAAAUCACACAAGAAAUCGAUCAAAAUUCAGAAGAAAAUAAUGGUUCACAAGAACGAUUAGAAGAACACAUCGCUGAAAUGUCACGAUUAAAGAAUAAACAAAAUGAACUUAUCGAUCAACAAUCAAAUUUGAAUAAUCAAAUAGAUAAACAAAAAGACAUAACUGAGGAGAAACAAAUUAUUAUCGAUCAACAUGAACAAGAAUUGAAAAAGCAUAACGAAAUAAAAAAUAAAUUGGAAAUAGAAGAACAAAUAUUGAAUAAACAGUUGAAGGAUAUAAAACAAAAAGAAAAUGAAACUUUUCAAACACAAAACUAUUUACAACUAUCAUUAACUGGAUUACUUAAGCUAAUUCAAGAAACACAAAAAGAAUUUGAACUACAACAAACUCUAUUGGAUGAAGAAGAAUUGAAAAACAAAGAAUACCAAGAACAUAUGGAAAAGUUACGUAGCGAAAUAGAAAAUAUUGAAAGUCAACUGAAAGAUGUUGGAAAUGAAUUGGAAAGAUUAGCAGAAGAAAGACGAGAAUUAGAAUUGAAAGUAAAUGAUUUAGAAGAACAACAAAGACAAUUAAAAACAGCCAUUGAAAAGUUGGAAAAGGUUAUUGGAGAAAAACUAGGUGAACUUGCACGCACAGUAGAA